UUUCGCGAGGAGUUGCUCCUUCUUUUUAAAUUUCCUUCUUAAAUUAUUGAAAAAUUGAUAGGAAAUUUCAUUGGUUAAUCGCAUAAUUGGUAAAUUUAUCUGUUGUUUCUAGGAAUACACUAAACUGUAGUUUUCACUAAAUGAAAAUAGCACGAAACACAUUUGGCUGAUCAUAAACAGAUGUGGUGUUGAAUGAAGCAUAACCUUGACUCUUUUAUGGCGGAUUUAUUGCCGAGGGUGGGUUUUCGAGACGCUUUAGCAUCAUUUAUUUCUUUUCAGGUUUAAAUUCAAUCAUUACUAAGGGCUGUUUUUACUACGGGGUUAGAGGUCGGGAACACUAGACGAUGCCGGGAAACGUUUAAUUCCCCAACAAAGGACUUUCCUCGUCUCGUCUCUUAUUAAUGGUUUCGUUAUAUACUGAGCGAGGUACAUUUCUUGGUUUACUAAUUGCAAAGUUACAAUAGAGAACAGGAAGAGGGUCGUUAGCGAUUCGUUUCGGGGAUCGAUGGCGUUUUUCAAAAUGGCUGGCACGCGCGUCUCUUGAUUCGGGCGACAGAUGGCGCGGUGGCAUUGUCGUUUUCGCUUCUCGGUUCAACGACCCUGGCAUCACUUCUGGCUCGUUAACGAGAUCUUUUGCGUUUCACCAGCCAUCUGCCGAACUAUCCGAUGCUUAAAUUGAACAAGAAGGCUUUUCAGGACGGUUUGGCGCCGUCGUUCUCCCUUUCAUAACUAAUAAUCUAAGUAAUAGAAGACAAUAAAGGGACAAAGUGGGGUGUCCUUAAUGCGUUUUCUCCGUGCCUACGUGUUUUGGUAAGCUUCGUAGGAGGAAUCUUCUUCAAACACUCACGUUCGAGGAACACAGUUUUUCCCCCAUCACCUCGAAUCGGACUUUUGGAGAACUUUUUUUUUCUGCCCCUCUUCUUUUUCUGGAGACAACGAUUGAUUGCCAAAUGAUAAAUGGAUUUACAAUUAUAUUUAUCUUUCCUAGUUAAACAAACUUGAUUUAUUCCAUUCUGCUUUACAAACUGGGCAGAUGGGUUUUCUCUUCCAUUAGUCAGCUGUCUUUGUCCCAUGUGCUUGGCCCGUGUUAUGAAGAAGAAAAAACAAGGUUCAUUCGUUAUAGUAAAUUUUCUUUAGAGAUUAAUGGAUCUGUUAAAGAAGUUUUGUUUAAACGUGGUCUAAACUCGCACACAUUAGCUAAGAUUUAUCGUUAGAACUUCUUCCACUCGGAAAAGCAUUUCUAUAACUUGGUUUUUGCGUAAGUUGUGCGUAAUUACACCACGUUUGUGUGUGAGGAACAAACAAUCGAGAGUGGCUCUGCAUUGGUAACUCUUUUUUAAUCAUCAUCUGUGAAUUUCAUUGCAAAUAAUAAGAAAAGUGGGGGAAAAAAGUCGGCAGAGGGGUCACGCACCGGGUAUAUUUCCCCCUUUUAUCAUUUAAAUGAAAGUAAUUAUAAUCAGUGGAGUGUCUUCACGCAACGCACCGUAGGCGUUCCUCCGUAUUAUGAAGUCGGUUACCACCCGUGUGUUUUUUAGUUCCGUACUUGGACGAAAGAGGCGCCAGCGUCGGACGUAACUCCCGUCGUAUUUUUAUGAAGUAGCAGACGACGAUAGAGUCGGACGGAUGAUCGACGACGCCCGAUGUAACGCGUAAACGUGUGAUCGAGCGAGAGAGAGGAUAUAAGUGUAAUCCAUGUCUUACUCUACGCGAUUUGUGUGGGAAUGCGUCGUUAAUUUCAACACCUGUCGUAUGACAUGUUCGGUUUGGAGAAGGAAGCCGUGGUGUAUCAAGAGGCCGUGUGUGUUACGACCAGGGCGGAAAUAUGGUCGCACCCACCGCGAAACUAUCUUCAACCCUUCACGCCUUACGGAAAAUAUUAUUACUUGAGAGUUACCACAAGUAAUAGUUACAGCUCGGGCCAGCCGCCUGAUCACCUGUCUUGCCCUCAUUGGCCCCCUAUCAAGCAGCUCCGGUCGUAUUCGGUGGAUGCUGGUGGUCAGCCGUUAAUAGGCCUUCGACAACGGAUAGUAGGUGCAAAUGCUGCCGUUAAGAAGACGCCUGUUCGACGUUUGGAUGAGGAAGCACUAAAACGUUCACGUCUACAUGCAAAUCAGUAUGAAUUGUCACAAGAUUUGUUGGAUAAGCAGGUAGAAAUGUUAGAAAGAAAAUAUGGCGGAGUCAGAGCGAGAGAUGCUGCCCUUACCAUCCAACGUGCCUUUCGCAAAUAUUGUAUGAUGAAACGAUUUCGCGAUAUAGCAAAUGCUUCCAAAGGUGAAAAAAGGUUAUCCAGACGUUUUUAUAAUUUAGAAGCAGAAGGAAAAGAUUGGAUACAUUAUAAUGGUUCCUCUAAUCAUCAUUGUCAACAGAAAAAUUUAGUUUAUAAUGAAGAAACAAUGGUUUCUAAUGUAUCUGGUAGUACACAUUCCAAUCCAUGUGUUGAUACAAGGGUCAAAAACAAUUUCUCAACUUUAUAUAGAGAGUUAAGUGAAUCUGUGAGUGAUAAUAAAUAUCCAUCAAAACAAAAUCGAGUUGUGGGUAAUAGAGAACAGCAGAUGUCAGAAAUUGAUAGGACUAGAAUGGAUAAAAUAACAAAAACCAAAGAUAUUUUAUCUCAUGGAGCACCUCCUUGUCCAGGAAGGAUGGAAAGUGAUGUUCUACAUUUAACAAAAACUACUGAUGUAUGUACAAAAUCUGAGCUGCAAGAGGCUGGUACUCCUUUAGAAAGCAGCAUGUAUCAUACACCACCUUCACGACUACCCCCCUCUGUUCCUCGCCAUCCGGCGUGGUCUGCUGUAUCACCGUGUACAAGUGCCGGAAUUAGACAGAGUUCAGGUCCUACAAUUUAUUUAAGUCCUAGUCAAAACAGUUCCUCUGCAGAAGACCAAUAUCACACUCCCCGUGAAUCGUUAUCAUCAGAAGAUAGUGCAAUAAGUUCGGCUGGUCCAGGUGAAUGUGAUUCUUUAAGUGAUGAUCAUCGCUCUCUCUGUCGUGAUUGCUAUGCCAGACGUUCCAUAAAUGUUCCAUUAAGCAGUACAAAAGAUCAAGUAAUCGGUAUGCAUCAUACAAUAUCCAGGCCAGAUAUUACAGGUAGAAAAAUAAUUGCACCUGCUGGAGAUCUUAGAAAAAGCAUUCCUCGUCUUCCAAGGAGGACUCCUUCUGCUUCAGCUAAAUGGAGUGAUAGUCCUUCAGAAAUAAGUCCUCAUAAUAAUUUUGAUAGUUCUCAUGUGUCACAUGAACAUGGAGUCGAAGUUUCUCCUGUGUGGAAACGGAAAUCUCUAGUCUUAUCUGAGCAAAUUGCUUCGGGUAGUAAUGAAGACAAACGGUUAAGCAAUAUUUCAGAAAAUAGUGAAGAUAGUUUGGAAGGAAUGGGUUAUUCCAAUUCACUUCCAACUGCAGAUAUGUAUUCUCCUCAUGGCUAUGGAGAACCUGGUGCUCGAAUCUCUGGUAGUGAGCUUCAUCAAUCAGCUUCAGGUUUUAAAGUCUCUGAAAUUCAAAGGAAGCGUCAAUACCGAGUAGGACUUAAUCUUUUUAAUAAGAAACCUGAAAGAGGAGUACGAUACCUAAUUCAACGAGGAUUUUUAGAAGCCUCACCUCAAGCUGUUGCAAGAUUUCUUGUCUCUCGUAAAGGAUUGAGCAAACAAAUGAUUGGAGAAUAUCUUGGAAAUUUGCAAAAUCCUUUCAAUAUGGCUGUUCUAGAAUGUUUCGUACAAGAAUUAGAUUUAGCAGGAAUGCAAGUAGAUGUUGCACUUAGGAAAUUUCAGACCUUUUUCAGAAUGCCAGGUGAAGCUCAAAAAAUUGAGAGAUUAGUAGAAGUAUUUAGCCACAGAUAUAUAGAAUGCAAUCGAGACAUUGUUGCUAAAUUACAAAAUGCUGAUACUGUGUUUGUACUUGCCUUUGCUAUUAUAAUGUUAAAUACUGAUUCUCAUACACCAAAUAUGAAAGCUGAAAAAAGAAUGAAACUUGAAGACUUUAUUAAAAAUCUCAGAGGUGUGGAUGAUGGAAAUGAUUUGGACAGGGAUAUGCUUGUUGGUAUAUAUGAAAGAAUUAAAGGAAAUGAAUUUAAGCCAGGAUCUGAUCAUGUAACUCAAGUUCUCAAAGUUCAACAAACAAUUGUUGGUAAAAAACCGAAUCUAGCUCUUCCUCAUCGUCGGUUGGUUUGUUAUUGUCGUCUGUACGAGGUUUAUGAUGUGAAUAAAAAAGAAAGACCUGGCAUUCAUCAGAGGGAAGUGUUUCUUUUUAAUGAUAUGCUAAUGGUAACUAAAAUUUUUAGUAAGAAGAAAAACAGUGUUACUUACACUUUCAGACAAUCUUUUCCAUUAUGUGGAAUGAGUGUCACAUUAUUUGAAGCACCUUAUUAUCCACAUGGAAUCAGAUUGAGCCAAAGAGUGGAUGAUAAAGUGUUGAUUACAUUUAAUGCGAGAAAUGAACAUGAUCGAUCAAAAUUUGUUGAAGAUUUGAAGGAGUCUAUCUUAGAGAUGGAUGAAAUGGAAAAUCUUAGAAUAGAAGCAGAAUUAGAAAAACAAAAAGUAAUGAGGGCAAGAGGAGCAGAAAACAGAGAUUCUGGAGUGGCAGAUAUGGAAAUUGUUCCAGUAGCAAAUAAGGAAGGAAAAUUAUCUCCUGAUAGUCAGUCAAAUAAUUUAAAACGUUCAGCUUUAUCAAAUUCAUUGCUUGAUUUACAUGAACAACAAGCUAAACCAGUCAGAAGAGGAAGUGCCGGUUCAUUAGAUAGUGGAAUGUCUGUAUCUUUCCAGUCUUCUACGGCUAGUACGGUCAGUCACGACUCUUCUCCCCAAACGAAUCCGUCUACUCUGGCAGGUAGACCCGGACACGGAGAAGCGGCAGGUCCGUCUUGCUCCGGGACCAAACCUUCCAGCCAGCAAGGAUUUCUGGGAGGACUUUUUGGCAAAAAGGGAAAAGUGCCCCAUAAACCGCCCGUGCGUAGAACCGCGGACACUACCGACAUAUAACAAUAGAUAUAAAUAUAUAAUAUACAUGUAACAAUCGGGACUCUAGUUUCCAAUUCUCACACGGGACUUUCCUUUUGCUUUUUCUUCAUAAAUUAUUGUCGUUGCGGUCCUCAUAUUUUUUUUUUAAUUUAAACUUUAUUAAAAACCAGAAGUAUAAUAAUAAUAUAUUUUAUAAAGAGUGCCAAAUAGUUUGGCUGAAAAAAGAACGUAAAGAAAUUGAAAUGCUUACAUAAAACCACGAAGAAGAAGAAAUGGUAAAUGAUGAUUUAUUGUGUUUUAAUUUACAGAUUAUUCCAGUAUUAUUUAUAUACUGAGUGAACAAUUGUAAAUAUAUAUAACGAGCAAUAGCUCCUUGUAAAUUAUCUAACUAAAUUGUACAUAACCCGCAGGCAUUAGCUGUCUCUGGUGUAAACAUAUAAUUAUAUGCAUGUUAAUUAUUAUAUUAUUAUUAUUAUUAUUAUUAUUUAGUUACAAGAUUUAAUAUAUGUUCUUAAAAAAAUUUUGCAUGGCUUUUCACUAUUGUUAACUGAUAACCGGUUAUAUAUAUAUGAAUAUAUAUCCGCACCUUUACGUUAUCGAAGAACUGAACUAUCCCGUACUCAUUCACACACUAUUCAGUCAGAAAUUUGUGUUAAUCACCGAAUAUUUUAUGUAAAAUUAGAUUAUGGAAAACAAGG